CGAAGAAACAACCACCACCUCUAUCACGUACCGAAACCCCAUACCCGCAACGCCAACAUGGUGCGAAAGCUAAAGCAUCAUGAGCAGAAGCUCUUGAAGAAGGUCGACUUCAACACGUACAAAAGCGACAAUGAUCACCGGGAAGCAGCCGUCAUGCGUCGCUACGCAAUCCAAGGACGCGACGAUUACCGAAAAUACAAUCAGCUCGCCGGAUCCCUGCGACAACUUGCCCAUCGCGUAGCCGCUCUCGAUCCGUCCGACCCCUUCCGUCACAAGCAGGAGGACUUGAUCUUGGAGAAGUUGUUCUCCAUGGGUCUGCUCGGUACCGGUGGUGGCGGCCGUGGAAAACUCUCAGACGUUGAACACAAGCUUACGGUGUCGGCAUUUGCACGGAGGAGGUUACCGGUUGUCAUGACUAGGCUACGCAUGGCAGAUCAUGUACAGUCUGCUGUCACACUCGUCGAGCAAGGACAUGUCAGAGUCGGUACGGAUGUCGUCACGGAUCCGGCCUACCUUGUCACAAGGAACAUGGAAGAUUUUGUCACCUGGGUCGAUUCCUCCAAGAUCAAGCGCAACAUUAUGAAAUACCGCGACAAGCUGGACGACUUCGAACUCGAGGCGCUAUAAGCUCUGACAUCUCUUUCAUUGGGUGGCGUUAAUAAAUGCAGCAUUUGAAGGCGUUUCGAAAUACUCGCGAUAUCGGGUCAUGACACAAAUUGAUUUUUUUUUCUCGCUAUUGAAUUCGUUCUUUCGGGUUUCUCGUAUACUAUGAAGUCAGAUUAAUGCACGACUCACUUUACAAGGGCGGAUGAAGUGCUCCAAGCAUUCCAUCGCAAAGCUGAUGAACCGCGAAACUCUCGCAC